AUGAACCAGAUGAACGUUGGCAUGAACCCCGGGGUUGGAGGCCCUGUGGGCGGUGUCCCCAUGAUGAACAACGGCUCUACGGCUCCCCGUAACGACGGCGGCAUGAACAUGAAUAAUCCCGAGAUGAUGAUCACCAGCCUCAACACCUAUAUCUACGAUUAUUUCUUGAAACGCGGCUACCACGACUGCGCGCGUGCACUCAUACAAGACGAGUCCAUUAAGAUCAACACCGACAAUGGCACGAAGACUAGCCCGGGUAGCCGGCGCGAUGGCGACGUGAAUGGUGUCGAUGGCGAUCCUAUGAUGACUGAUGGAAAGGAUGGCGAGAAGAUCAAGAUUCCCGAUGAUCUUCCUCGACCGAGCCUCCCCAAUGAGAGUCUUCAAUCCUCGUUCUUGUUGGACUGGUUCAGUCUCUUCUGGGACUUUUUCUGGGCCCAGCGGAAGCGUGGUAACAGCAAUGAUGUGAGGCAGUAUCUUCAGCACACUCAGAACUUGAUGCGCAUCCGAGAGCAGCAGCACAAUCAGCUCAUGCGACAACAGCCUAUGAUGCCCGGUCAAGUGCCCCUUGGUGUCCGCCGCGGUGGCAACGGCAUGGUUCCUCCUAACUUGCAGAAGGCUGCUCUGAACAACGGCCUAUCCCAACAGCAAUUGGCCGCCCAGUUCCAGAAGAACCAGCAGAUGCAGAUGAUGCAGCAGAUGCAACGUGAACAGUCUGAAAUGGACAUGAACGGGAAUCGGCCACAGUCACCUGCAUCUGCUGACAACGCCCCCUCGCCCUCGAAACGCCCUCGCCUCGAAGGUGGUGCUGUGAAUGGUCAGCAAUUAGCUCCCAAUGGACGUGGACAGGGACAGAUGCAAGGCCAGCAAAACCCCCAGCAGCUGAUGAUGCCGAACGGUAUGCAAAGGGCUAUGAAUCCGGCGCAGUUCCAGCAGUUCCAGCAGGGGCAAGCUGCGCAACAGAAAUCCAUGCAGGGCCUUCCGAAUGGUGGUAUGAUGAAUCCCGGUGUUAUGCCGAAUCAGGCGGACCUGGUGCCGAUGCCGGAUGGGCAAGGAGGCAUGUACCCCAUGGGUCCAGAGUACUACAGCUCAAACGGUCAGCUCCAACAGGUUCGGCCUGGUAUGCAGACACCUGGCGGUCAGCAUGGCAACCAUGCUCUCCAGGACUAUCAGAUGCAACUUAUGCUGCUUGAACAGCAGAAUAAGCGUCGCCUGAUGAUGGCUCGUCAAGAGCAGGAUAGCAUGUCCCGUGCUGACGGCCAGCCCCAGAUGCCCGGACAGGGAUUGCCGCCAGGCACUUCUCCACAGGGUAGCAGGGCGGGUGCGUCCCCGAACCCCAGCGAUCAAAUGAAACGAGGCACGCCCAAGAUGCCUCAGACCGGUCUCCCCGGAUCUCCCAGCGCCGGCGACAUGGGUCAGAACCGUGGAUCUCCGGCAUCCAUGGGCAUGAACGGCGGACAGAUGCCUCCCGACAUGGCGGCUGCCGGAUUCUUCCCCGGACCUGGUGGACCCAUGCGUCCCCCAAGCUCCAAUCCAGCCUUUACUGGAGCUCAAAUGGGCCAGCCCAUCCCCGCCAACGCCGGCCGUAUGCCUAGUGGACAAUGGCAGCCCGGCCAGCCUAUGCCUCAACACUCGCCGGCCACCCAACCCCAGGCAGGUACCCCGCAGGAUCGCAGCACCAUGCCUCCACCUCAGGCGCCACCGGCUGGCGCCAAUGCGGGCCGCCCCCAGCCGCCAUCACCCCAAACCACAGGCAAUGCGCCACCAACGCCUCAGCAGUCUACCAAGGCCGCACCCAAGGGCAAGAAGGAAGGUGCAAAGGAGAAUACCCGCAAGCGACCCAACAAGAAGAACGCCGCUGCCGCUGCCGCCGCCGCUACUCCCUCUACCGAGGCUAAUGAACCUACUCCGACUCCGUCUACCCCCGUCACGCCUCAUCCCCCUCCCAACUCCUUUACUAAGGACCCCAGCCAGCAAACCUUCAAUGAUCUCGCUAUCCCUGACGCCUCUGCUUUCAGCUUGGACUUCAGCACUCUGGAUAACCCUGAUAUCCUGGAGAGCUUCGACUUUGAUACGUUCCUCAACACCGACGGAGAUGGUACUGGCUUCGGAUUCGAUCCGAACAUGGGCUACUCUGCCGACGGUGUUGAGACCGGGGCUGGUGACGGCCUGUGA